AUGUGUGCUCGUGGUUUCUGGUGGGACAGCCACUAUUGGUGCAAGGUGGUGCGCACAUUCGGCGGUUUAUCGGGCGUAUGGCAUCACAACGACAUGCAAAACGAAGGGAUUGCGACUUUGUCCAGUAGGGAUUUGAGUUCAAUCGGAGGUGUAGCUGAACAUACCAGCUGGGUGAUGUACUCACGAGCACCUACCGCAGAAGAGGCCAGUAUCAUUGUUACUGCCAAUGUUAGAAUGAAUAGCACUUACGGAGAUCAAAUUGAAGGGGACUUGCCUUUUUCCCAAGUGAAAAUUGAAAAAAACGAAGCCGAAGCCGAAGGCCUAGAGGGAUUGUUUGAGGACUACCCUCAUGGAGACUUGAAAUCAGAUGAUGGUCUACCUCUACCGAACGUACUGUUCAAUGAUUCGAAUUCAGAUGAUGGUCUACCGACUGAAGAUGGGGCAGCGCAGUGUCACCAAAAUUGCAAAGAAGAGAUGAAGGUACAACUUGAUGAAUUAGAAGAACCCAUCAUGCCUAUGGAUCAGGAUCAAGAGGAACGCCGCGAGGUUCCUGCCAAACCUAAAGUGAAAUCCAAGCGCAAGGUGUGCAAUCUCACCCAAGAUGAAGUCCCACAAAGUAGGCCAUCCAAGAAACCUCGGGUUGAUAUGAAAAACCCAGUGGUCACGGAAGCAGCACCGACAGAGGCACAUAGCCCUCCAAAAGCAAAAAAACCAGCCAGACCCCAAAAGCCAAAGGGUUGGAAAGGUUACGCCUUGGUAGAUGUGGAGGAAUUGAAUGCUGGGUCUCAUCUUGGAGUCGACGUUUCGAGCCAAGAGUCCAAUGGCCGCUUUAAAUUGUGGAAGUCGAAGCGUCACAGUCAGAAAUAG